GGCACUAAUUUCCCUAGAUUUAACUAUGUGCUCAAUGUUAAAGCAGUGCUGUGGAAAUCUGUCUGUGUAACCGGGGUGCUAUGCAGGCCUGUCUGGGUGACUGUCAGGGAGAACUGUCCUGCCACACCAAGGACACAGCCCAAGGGGGGCUUUUUUUCAUAGCCCAAAGAAGCUGCAGGAAACCCACCCUAGUGAGACAAAGAUCAACGCAGGGUCGGUCCCCACAGCCAGGUGAUGGAAACAGGCUGGACGUGGGCCGCCUCCCCUCCGGCCUGACUUGUGUGACAGACAGGGAAACCAAUGCAAGCAGCAGCAGCAGGGUUACCACAGUCCUGUCUGGGGACAGGCUUCCUUCCAGCGGGUGGGGAGCGGGCGCUCCUGCCAGACCAGCCUGGCUUCCAUGGUUCCAGGAACCCUGUUCCCCCUCAGCCCAGUCCCCGCCCCCACUCCUUGGCUUUAUGAGUUCAUUCGCUGAAGUCACCCAGAGACAAUGCUGAGUGUUCCACCCCUGAGUUGAAGCCCAGCCCAGCCCAGCCAGACACCUCCCGGUAGUGUAAAUGAGGACAAUGCCCGCUGGCCCACGUGACGGGGGGAUGUAGACGGCAGCGGCGCCAGUCGCUCCUGGCACCAUGGACGAUGCCACAGUCCUAAGGAAGAAGGGUUACAUCGUAGGCAUCAAUCUUGGCAAGGGUUCCUACGCAAAAGUCAAAUCUGCCUACUCUGAGCGCCUCAAGUUCAAUGUGGCUGUCAAGAUCAUCGACCGUAAAAAAACACCCACUGACUUUGUGGAGAGAUUCCUUCCUCGGGAGAUGGACAUCCUGGCAACUGUCAACCACGGCUCCAUCAUCAAGACCUACGAGAUCUUUGAGACCUCUGACGGGCGCAUCUACAUCAUCAUGGAGCUUGGCGUCCAGGGCGACCUCCUCGAGUUCAUCAAGUGCCGGGGAGCCCUGCACGAGGACGUGGCGCGCAAGAUGUUCCGACAGCUCUCCUUGGCCGUCAAGUACUGCCACGACCUGGACGUUGUCCACCGGGACCUCAAGUGCGAGAACCUUCUCCUCGACAAGGACUUCAACAUCAAGCUGUCUGACUUCGGCUUCUCCAAGCGCUGCCUGCGGGACAGCAAUGGGCGCAUCAUCCUCAGCAAGACCUUCUGCGGGUCAGCGGCAUAUGCAGCCCCCGAGGUGCUGCAGGGCAUCCCCUACCAGCCCAAGGUGUACGACAUCUGGAGCCUGGGUGUGAUCCUCUACAUCAUGGUCUGCGGCUCCAUGCCCUACGACGACUCCGACAUCAGGAAGAUGCUGCGUAUCCAGAAGGAGCACCGUGUGGACUUCCCACGCUCCAAGAACCUGACCUGUGAGUGCAAGGACCUCAUCUACCGCAUGCUGCAGCCUGACGUCAGCCAGCGGCUCCACAUUGAUGAGAUCCUCAGCCACUCGUGGCUGCAGCCCCCCAAGCCCAAAGCCAUGUCUUCUGCCUCCUUCAAGAGGGAGGGGGAGGGCAAGUACCGCGCCGAGUGCAAACUGGACACCAAGCCAGGCUUGAGGCCCGACCACCGGCCCGACCACCGACCCGACCACAAGCUUGGAGCCAAAACCCAGCACCGGCUGCUGGUGGUGCCCGAGAACGAGGACAAGGUGGAGGACAGGCUGGCCGAGACCUCCAGGGCCAAAGACCAUCACGUCUCCGGAGCUGAGGUGGGGAAAGCAAGCACCUAGCAUGAUGAUGACCCCGUCGUGUGUGGUGGGGGUCGUGGUGGGGGGGGCAUGGCGAAGUCGGCCUUCACAUUAACUAAGUAGGCAGGUAGGAUCUGAAGAAGGCACAGGUGCAAGUAAAAUUCGUCAAUUAAACCACUAUUUUGAUUACGUUC